GGUCCCUCGUUUGUGCCUGGUGCUUCAGAACCUGGCGAUAAAACUCCACUGGAGAUCUUUGUCGAUGAUUCUGUGUCCCGGUCUCUAGUGAAGUUUUUUGAAGACAAAGGUGACUCUGCAUCGCAGCCAAAACCUCCAGAUAACGACACUAUCCAGACUUUUGUAAGGGCUUAUGUAGAUGAGUAUUUGGGCGAACUCAAUCUUUCUUCAUCCCUAGAGCUCCAACGACCACAACUUCAGCCUCUUAAUAAUCGCACUAUUAAGAGCUUUGUGGAGGCUUAUGUAGACGACCAUAUCGGUGGACUCAAUUUAUCCUCUUCGCAACCAGCGUCACCACCAAUGGCAGAAAACCGAACGAUACAGAAAUUUAUACAGACUUAUGUGGACAAAUAUCUGGCUGAACUCAAUUUUUCCUCGUCGCAGCAGCCCCAAUCCUACCAAUCUGAUAAUAAAACAAUCGAGAGCUUUCUUCAGGCCUAUGCAGAGAAGCAUUUGGAAGCACAAGCUAUUGAUAACAGCACCAUUCAGAGCUUUGUCGAAGAUUAUGUUGAGGAAUAUAUUGGCGGACUUAAUCUUACAUCAACGAGUCCACAGCAGCCUCUUGAUAAUAGCAGUGUGCGGGACAUCGUGAAAGAUUAUGUGCGUUCGUAUACGGGUGGUUUCAAUUUUUCCUCGCUACAUUCUCAAACACAGACGCUCAAUAACGGCACCAUACGAGGCUUUGUAAAAGCAUACGUAGACGAGUUUGUUGCGGCACUAAACUUUUCCUCGCCACAACGGCAAGCAGAGCUACCAGACAAUCGUACGAUACAGAGCUUUGUUAAGGAUUCUGUUGACAGAUUUGUGGCUGGACUCAAUCUCUCUUCAUCUCAAGCUCAAACCCAGCCUCAGGUGCUGCUUCUGAAUAAUAGCAUCCAGAACUUUGUGAGGAUUCAUGUUGACAAUUAUUUGGGUAAACUCAAUCUACCAGCCGAUAAUCGGACACUCCGAAAUAUUGUACAAGAUUACGUAAAGGUAUAUAUAGGGGACCUCAAUACCUCGUCACCUCAAAAGCAAACACAAAAACCUGCUAACCUGACCAUUCAGAACUUUGUGAGAGAAUACAUCAAUGAACACAUUUAUGGACUCAAUCUUUCUUCAGCACAGCAACACACUGGGCGUUCUAUUAACUUCACCAUACAGAGAUAUGUGAAAGGUUAUGUUGAUGAAUACAUUGGUGGACUUAAUCUUUCCUUGUCACCAUCGCAACCGCGACUGCUCAGCAACAGCACUUUUCAGAGGGUUGUAAAAGAUUAUGUAGACGGUUAUUUAGCUGGACUCAACCUUUCGAUUCUGACACAACCUCGAUCAGAGCCGUUUCAGAAUACCACAAUCCGAAACCUUGUGCAAGGUUAUGUCGACGUGUAUAUAGGUGGACUCAAUUUAUCCUCCUCGCCCCAGCGGGAAAAUGGCCUUAGUAAUCGCUCUAUCGAAAAAGUUGUUGAAGACUAUGUCAACCAGUUUAUAGUUGGCUUAAAUCUCUCAUCGCCGCAACAGUCGCCAUUGCCAAGUAACCUUACCAUACAGAAGUUUGUUGAAGGUUAUGUGGAUGAAUACGUUGGUGAACUGAAUUUAUCCUCGUCACGAUCCACACAUCAAGCGCUUGACAACCGCACCGUUCGAAGCUUUGUAAAGGGCUAUGUUGACCAAUAUGUCGGUGGACUCAAUUUAUCAUCAGCACAACUGCAGGAUAAUGAUGCGAUUCAGAAAUUUGUAAAGAGUUAUGUUGACGAGUAUGUCGGUGGACUCAAUACAUCCACAUCACAACCCCAACCGCAGUUGCCUGAUAACCGCACAAUCCUCAGUUUAGUUCAUACCUAUAUACAAGAGAGUCUGGGCGGACGCAACCUUUCCUCAUUGAAGCCUCAACCUCGUGAUAACCGCACCAUCCUGAAUCUUGUUGAAGCAUAUCUAGCUGAAUAUCAUGGUGGGCGCAAUGUUAACGCGACACAACCGCAAUCACGCCCUCCUUCUAACAGCACAAUCCAGAGCUUUGUCAGGAACUAUGUUAAUGAAUACAUCGAUGAACGCAAUUUCUCCGCGUCUCAACCACAACGUCUACCUUUUGAUAACAGCACAGUUCAGCGCUUGGUUGAGCAUUAUGUACAAGAAUAUUUGAAUGGACGCAAUUUUUCUGCAUCACAACCCCAAUCACAGCCGCUCGAUAACAGCACUAUCCAGAAGAUUGUAAGCGCCUACGUGAAUCAACAUAUUGAUGGGCUCAAUCUUUCACCAGAGGCGCAGCCACCCAUUAACCGCACAAUCCAGAAUUUUGUUUCAGAAUAUUUAGAUAAGUAUACCGAUGGGAGUGAAUUGAAUGAAAAAAUCAUCGAAGUGGUGAAUUCUCGUUUGAGAACUACCUCAGAUGUUAAGUCAAUCCCUGGUCCUCCGGGUCCGCAGGGAAUCCAGGGGCCCACGGGGCCCGCGGGUCCCCCUGGUAUUCAAGGCCCUGUUGGUCCUCCCGGUAUGCCAGGUGCAAACGGUCAAGCGGGAGCAGCGGGAACACCCGGCCCUCCAGGUGCUGCCGGAGCUCCCGGUUCGAACGGACUCCCGGGCCCUCCGGGUCCCCCAGGAAGAGCAGGAGCUCGUGGCACACCUGGUCCGCGUGGCCGUACCGGGUCGCCGGGGAAGUCGACAACGGUUACACGCCCCACGGGGGGCGGAGAUGGCAAGCAGACAAAGGAACCCGACAAAAAAACACCGACGUUCGAAGGAUUCUCCAAGCCUAACAUAACCAUUAAGCCACCGAAAUCAUACAUAGCUACGAAAGGAGACUAUAUAACUCUAAGUUGCUCUGCCGAUGGAUUACCUAAGCCAGAAAUAAUCUGGGUGAAAAGGAACAGUGGACGUGCUGUCAUCGGAAAUUUUUUCACUUUGGAAAACGCUCUCCCGGAGGACUCGGGAAACUGGACGUGCCGGGCGAGUAACCUCAUGGGUACAGAUACCGCCAAUCUAGAGCUCAUCGUAGCGACCGAGCCAAUGUUCACUGUAGCACCCGAGCCAAAAAUCACAGCUUUUACGGAUCAAGUCACUGAACUAAAAUGCGAGGUGGAAGGAUUUCCACCACCCAAGAUUGAAUGGCGUCGUCAAGGCAACAAGGAGCUUCCUUUUGACAGACACUAUAUUCGAAACAACAACCUAUUCUUAAGGAAUCCUGUUAAAGAGGAUGAAGACAUCUACAUGUGCCACGCCUCAAAUCCAGCAGGGUCUGUUAUGGGAGGUACUGAAGUUACAGUACAAACUUAUGAACCGGUGGAAGUGACAAACGUCCCUUUGAGCAUUGUGACAGUCCAAGAAUUCGAUGCUCCUGUCCGCGUAAAUUGUUCCGCACGUGGUGUACCUAUGCCGAAUAUUACUUGGUAUAAGGAUGGUGUUGCCAUGCCAACGAGGACAAUAAUUGAUGGCGAUGAAGUUACUGGAGAAUUAAACCUGGAGCGGCUUCGACCCUCAGAGCAGGGUGAUUACAAAUGCGUUGGUACAACCCCUGUGAGGAACGAACCAUUCACCUACACGACGACAAUUGAGCUUCAAAAGUGCCCUGAGUUGGCAGAUCCCGUUGACGGUUACCAGAUAGGCGAUGGCUAUUCUGUUGUGGGAAGUAUUGUGAGGUUUGCUUGCAAUCCGGGAUGUAUGUUGUAUGGAUCGUCUGCCAGAGUUUGUGGGAAAGAUGGAGUGUGGAGCGGAACUCAGCCUUAUUGUUACAAUGUUGGACUAGUAGCUUAUGAAUGCCAACACUACCGCCUCCUGACCGAGCAGGACAGAAAUCUCAUGACUCGAGAAGUGUUGGGUAAAUGCGACAACAAUUUAGCAGAGGGCUGGUACCGAAUUUCUGGCUCCGCUGGGGCUCAGAUGCCAAACGCUUGCCCAGGCCCCGGUAGAUGUAACACCCAAUAUCCCGGUUGGCUGUUUGGCUCGCAUCCCCACAAGGAUGACGGGUGUGUUGAGCGCAUGGUUUGUUUUGGUGAUUAUGUCUCCGGCUGAUGCGAGCUUCGCCGCAAGGUACUGGUGCGGAAUUGCGGUAAAUUCUACGUAUACAAACUCGGCCCAACUCCCGGUUGUAAUCUCCGUUACUGUGGACGAGAUGCACCGGCCGCGGUUGACGGAUGGUGAACUAAAAACUUCUAUUCAAACUGUGUUAUGGUCUCUUUGACACUGUUUUCAUAUUUUUAUAAUUUUUUUCUCAUAAUAAAAGCUUUGUUUCUAUG